UCUAUAAUCUAGCCCAAAAAAGGUUAAAAAGUUACUUUUUUUACCUAAAAUGAAGUACAUCAUGAAAUAGAGUUAGGAUUUAUGAUAAACACUGAAUUAUAUAAUAAGGAUAUUACUAAAUCAGGGAAUUGGUAAGAUUAUAUAGCUGGAUAUUUUUUAGCUUUGGAUUUAACUGAUAGAGAUUACUAAUGGUUUUUGAAAAAAAACAGUUUACCUUGGGAUUUAGCAAAAGGAUAAAAUAAUUUUCUUCCUUUAAGUACUUUUGUUUCUAAAACUUAAAUCCGAGAUCCUUAUAGUCUGAUUCUUGAUUUGUAAAUAAAUGGAAAAACUGUCCAAAAAGACUCUACUGGAAAUAUGCAUUUUAAAAUUGAUUAAUAAAUUUCUUUCGCAAUUAAAUUUAUGACUCUUAAUUAAGGAGAUUUAUUCUUAACUGGAACUCCUAGUGGUGUUGGACCUAUCAAAAAUGGAGAUGAAGUAUUUGCCUAGCUUUUAGAUGGUGAUAAAGUUCUUGCUUAAAUUCAUUUUUUUGCAGAAAUUGUUAAAUCUUCUUUAUGACGAAAAAUAUUUUUUAUUCAAAAACUCUAUUUCUUUCUUUUUAUACUUGUUGUGUUAAUUUUU